GUUCAUUGGAAAUGUUCUUUGUAGUUCCCGUACAAGGUGGAUAUUCCCCUGGUCACUAUUAUGGUGGAGGACGAGUGGAACUGUAUUGCUGAUGCCGUAGCGAGGUUCAAACUGAUGCCAAACUUCCCCCGCAGCUCCUGGGACUGGAUGGGACUCUACAAGGUGGGUUUCAAGCACCAUAAGGACUAUGUGGGAUAUGUGUGGACGAAGCAAGAGGAAGCUGAUUUCACUCGACCAGAACAUCAGGUAACCUUUACUGAGGAGGAAUUGCCCAAAGGCUCAGGCGACUUUAUCUUGGGUUACUAUAGCAACAACAUGAGCACCAUUGUGGGUGUCACAGAGCCAUUUCAGAUCCAGCUUCCCACUUCAGGUCUUGAAGCCAGUUCUUCUGACAGCUCGGACUUCAGCUCAGAGGACGAAAGCACCGUCAUCAUGAAGACGAGGUCCCGCAGUCCCAGUCCACGCAAGGCCAAGCACCGCCACCACCACCAUCACCACCACCGCAGCCACAGCCGAGGCAGCCCUGAACAGCCCAAAAUGAAAAUGCUCAAUGUCACUGAUGCCUCUCCAUCCAACACUGCAGCGGAGAAUGAAAUGACAGCCAGUCCUCUCUUCUUCCACCUGCUCAAAACCGAACAUGAGAUGAAAUGGGAAGAGUGGUCAGCAUGAGAAACAUCAAGUGUCAGGCAUUUGAACAAUA